GAAAUUGAGCAAGAACAAUGCUAAGAAUAGAAUGAUGAAAACUAUGAAUCAUCACAGCGGAAGCAAGCCUAAUCGAGAAUAUUAUUAUGAGAUGGGUGGAAAAGAUGGGACUCCUCCAACCAUAGAUCAAGUGUUCUUUGAGACACACAAGAGCGGUGGUGUAAUUGUGGAACAAGCAGCAUUAGAAAGACAUGCUGAACUUGUUCAAACUCGUGAAGCUAAUCCGGAUUUGGAGCCGAUAGAGUUGGUAGAGAAGUGCUUUGGAGAACAAAAUCAUGGACAUAUAAUUGGCUAUGGUGGUGGAUUGAGGCCUAAAGACUUGAAAGGUCCAGAAGCAUUAAGUAGGGCUGAAUUGGCGAGCAAAUUAAGACACUCUAAUGGGGAGAAAGCAGACAUGGCAGCUAUGAUAGCAGAUCAAGCAAAAGUAAUUUCUGAAAUGAGAGCUAUGAUGGAAAGGAUGGCACAAAGGUCCGACCUUCCUGCUUGUCAAAACAGCCAGUCUUAGGUAUGGAAGUUUAAUUGGAUGGUAUACAUGACACCAAAGUUUUUGUUGCUGGAGGAAGCAUGAUAUUUUGAACUUUUAACUCUAAAAUAGAAAGAGUUUUAGAUGUUUGUUGUAAUCUUUUGAAUCAUUUUGGCUGGUGUCAUGUCUUGCAUUACUGUUAGUGGUUGAGAUGG